AUGGCUGAACUUAGAGAAUUGCCGACUGGUUGGGAAUGCAAAGUGGAUGAAAAAACAGGAAAAAAUUAUUUUAUAAAUCAUUAUACAAAAACCACAACUUGGGAAGAUCCAAGGCCUCGUAACAGAGCGCUACAAACAACCCCGAGACACUUUUCCAACAUGCCUAUAGAACAUGUACCCAUGCAGCAUGGAUCACCUGAUUUAAGGAGAAAUUACGUGUAUCCAAGUCACCAGCCUCCAAUGCCUGCUUUUCAAAUACCUGGACAUCAUAGUCCUAAAAUUAUUCCUUUACAGGAGUUUCAUUCUAUACCAAGGAUGAGUCCCCUUUCAGUUAGAGGGAAUAGAGUUCAGGAUAGUUCUUUGACAAUUGUUCCACAUACUGACGAUGCUGUUUCCAAAAUUAAUACCAUGUUUCCAACUGUUUCUGAGACUCACAUUAGGCUUCUGAUGAAAAAGUAUCACAACCGCGAGGCGCUGGUCAUCAGCGCCCUUCAAGUGGAAAAAAAUCCGAUCGCGACGCCCGGGCCGUUCGCCACGCCGCCCCCGCAGAGGGCGCCGAUGCACGCCACGCCGCCGCCCGGCGUGCGCGCGCAGACCUCGCGGGGCGGCAGUCCCGUGUACAGGACGCAGACGUCCUCGGGCCCGAACAGCUGUUACGCUGGCUCGCCCAGGAUGGGCGGCGACGCCGCGUACAGGAGCUCGCCCAGGCCGCACUCGUCGCCCAAGCUUAAACUAAGGUACAUGAAGUCCAUAUUCCCGCAAGCCGAGGAAACGGUCAUUUUGGAGGUGCUUCAAAACAACGACAACAACAUACAGAAAACGUCCGAGAAUCUGAAGGAAAUGGGCUUCGACAAGAAGGACACCGUCAAGGCGGCCCAGCAAAAGCUGGAUCAGAAAAAAGAAGAGGAACGCAUCGAGGAGGCCAAGCUGGACAGGCCUCCCACGCCGCCUCCGAUUUUGAAGAGUACCGAGGAAAAACAGCUAAUUAAGGAAAAGCUGAAACAAAAAUACAAAGACGUUCAAGAUCAUUUGAUCAAAAUGGCGUUGGAAAGUGUAGAUUUCGAUGAGUCCAGAGCCAACCAGAUUCUACAAAUUAUGGUGCAGGAGGAUAAAAACAACGAAAAAAUGAAUGAAAUAAAAAUCGAAGAAGAAAAACAAAUAACGGAAGUUGAUUCGCCAGCUCCAUCGACUUUACCAAUCUCACAGAGCAGAAUGUCCAUAAAAUCUCUGCUUAAAAGUGAGAAAAAUGACAAGGAAAAAACUAGUUUUAAUAGGGUUAUCGAGGAAAACGCAAAAGACGACUUUAAAUCGCCAUAUCUUUCAAACACGAUGGGACGCAAUUUAGAUAUAACCAGAGGACCAAAUGAAAAAUUACUACUUGAGGAUUACGUGAAGUGGCAAGGACCGAACGCAAACUUCAGAAAGGGUCCUCAAACCUUAGCCAAAGGCUCCAAUAAAUCCCUACUUACAAACCGCUCUUACGCGGCCUGCGGGCCAAACUCCGAACUACGCAAAGGCCCGAAAUUUUCCCUGGCCAAAGGCAGCAUAUUCUCGCAUAUGAAAUCUGUAAUGGUCGGCGAUGCGAGAGGAAAAUAA